AUGAUCGCCGCAGAAUAUGGAGCCUACAGCACAGACGGUCACACAUCUGCCAUGCAAGUGCAGGUUCUUGCCGAUCAGAGCGUUCAGAACCUGCGUGCUGGGAAGCAUGCUGCACUGGUGCUGCUACCUGAGAGCAAGGCCAGAACACAUUUCAACACCACACUCUCCAUAUGUAGCUUGGACAACAAGCAAGAUGGAAAUGCCCAUUCCUCUUCAUGGUGCAAGAUCCACAUGCGUGUUGAUCCUGUCACCCUCAACACGGUUUUGUCAUGGAAUGCUACCUUCAUGACACUAACACAGGCGGAGAGCAUCAGCAACACCUACACUAAGAUAUUCAGAGAAAUUGUCGCACACCAAGAGACAAUUAUUUCCACUCUCAAAUACUGCAGCGAGCAUGAUGAGAGACAGAUUCUGGCUUGGCAAGGCAGUCCCAUGAGAAAUGUACAGAGAUGUAUCCACCAAGCCAUCUCAGAACAGGGCACCCUGCGCCCUGAUGCAGAGGCAGUCUGUGCCUGGGACGGCAGCUUCUCAUAUGCACAGCUCUUAUACUUAUCAGAUCGACUUGCAUCUCACUUGCAGACACUGGGCAUUGGUCCUGAGGUGUUUGUACCCAUCUGCUUCGACAAGUCGAAGUGGACCGUCGUGGUUAUGCUAGCGAUCCUCAAAGCCGGUGGCAUAUUUGUCCCACUUGACCCUACCCAACCCUUACUACGCUUGCAGGCUCUGUCACACAAGGUAGAAGCCAAGACUAUCUUGUGUUCCCCCCACCAUCAGGCUAUGCUGGAGAGCGUAGCCCCCGAGUUGAUACCCGUUGAUACACAGCUAUUCGAGAGAUUAGCUGAGCACAGCGGAGAGGUCGACUGUGGAUCUUGGGAUAAUGGCGCUUACAUGAUCUUCACAUCUGGCACCACUGGAGAGCCCAAGGGUGCUUUGAUUCAACAUGGCGCUCUUCUGUCGAGCGCACUCGCUCACGGGCCUGCCAUGAUGAUGGACAAUGACACACGAUCACUUCAGUUUGCCGCGUCGACAUUCGAUGUGAGCAUUACUGAGAUCCUAAGCUGCUUGAUCCUGGGUGGAUGUGUCUGUAUACCCAGUGAGGAAGCCAGGUUGAAUGCUAUAGAGGAGGCUAUUACCCAGCUUCAAGCCAACUGGGCCCUAUUGACACCGACAUUUGUCAAAUUCGUCAACCCCGCCAAUGUCCCAUCCCUCAAGACUCUUGUCACCGGCGGAGAAGCCAUGACCCAAGCCGUCAUUCGGUCAUGGUCUCAUAUCAACCUCAUCAACUGCUAUGGGCCUGCAGAAACAUCUGUUGUCUCGCAUGUCCAUCGAGGUAUGAGGGAGGGCAAGAACCCAUUGAACAUUGGCCGUCAGGUUGGCAUCCAUUGUUGGGUUGUUGACCGGUAUAACCACGACCGUCUCAUGCCCAUUGGAGCGGUCGGCGAGCUAGUCAUCGAAGGCCAUACGCUUGCGCGGGAAUACUACAAAGAGCUUGACAAGACAAACGAGGCUUUUAUCAUCGAUCCUGCUUGGACAUAUCAUCAGCCACACAGCGACAACCCCAGGAGGAUGUACAAGACUGGCGAUCUUGUCAGAUAUAACCAUGAUGGCACCUUUCAUAUCGCCGGCCGCAAGGAUGCACAGAUCAAGUUUCAUGGUCAGCGCAUUGAGCUUGGCGAGAUCGAGCAUCAUAUCAACAUCAGCGCCAGCAUCAAGCAUGGCAUGGUCGUACUUCCCAAGAAAGGCUUCUGUGAAGGUAGACUCUUGGCUAUUGUUCAGCUCAGUGAUGCUUCGGCCAAUGAUCUUGUACCAAAGGGUCAGCCCUACAAGCUGAUCGACGGUGCCCUCGCUAGUAUCGCGCAUGCCAAGGUUGAAGAGACAAAGGCACUUCUCGCUGAGAGAUUACCUGCGUACAUGGUCCCUUCUAUUUGGCUUCCACUCGAGUUCAUCCCCCGUCUUCAAUCAGGAAAGCUCGAUCGCAAGCAGACAGGGAAGUGGGUUGAGGACAUGACCGAGGCUUUCUACCGACAACUCAACCCAAUCGCUAUCAACGGUGAUUCCAAGACUUUGACGUUUUCGAACGAAACAGAGUCUGAGCUACACAAAGUCUGGACUCACGUACUGAACCUCAAAUCAGAACAACUCGGCCUCAAUCAGUCUUUCUUGAGCGUCGGUGGUGAUUCCAUCUCUGCUAUGCAAGUCAUGAGCGAGUGCAGGAAGCGCCGUCUGGGUCUGAACGUCUCGCACAUCAUCAGUUGCAAGUCCAUCACUGCACUCGCACUGCAAGUUAGAGGUAUCGAGAAGCCGACGCUAUUACAAGAGUCUGUGGAUGCACCUUUCGGGCUCUCGCCUAUCCAGAAGCUGUAUUUCUCGAGGCCGAACCAUGAUCAGGGGCACUACAACCAGAGUUUCCUUCUUCGCACGAGUCGGCAUAUUGUCGAGGCGGACUUGCGCAAGGCUAUGGAGAUCAUCAUACGGAGGCACUCUAUGCUUCGCGCUAGGUUCAGUCGGGAUGCUGGUGGAGAGUGGUACCAGCGAGUUACUGAGGAGGUUACGAGUUCCUAUCGACUGUGUACCAUGGAAGUGGCAUCGAGGGAUGAGCUCAACCAUUCGCUCGUCGACAGCCAGACGUGUCUUGACUAUUCUAACGGCCCACUCAUCGCCGCAGAUCUUAUCGACGAGAUUGGCGAGCAACAACUUUUAUUCGUGGUCGCACAUCACCUAGUCAUCGACCUGGUUUCCUGGAGAAUUAUUCUUCAGGAACUAGAGGAGCUGCUGUUACGACCUGAGGCUGUUCGCGAUAUGGAUCGUCCUUUGCCUUUCCAGACCUGGUGCAAGAUGCAACAAGACCAUGCUAUUGCCCAGACGCCAGAACAGGCACUCCCCAUCCACGGUAUUUCUGAUAGCAACGUCAGUUACUGGGGCAUGGAAGACGUUCCCAGCGUUUAUGGACAGGUGAUUGGCCAAUGUUUCGAGAUUGGGCCUGCACAGACGUCUCUCAUAUUAUCCAAGUGCCACGAAGCCUUGCAUACUGAGAUCCCAGACGUUCUUAUGGCCGCUAUGAUCUUCUCCUUUGGACAGACAUUCACCGACCGUCCCAUCCCGGCUGUCUUUGCUGAGGGACACGGUAGAGAGCCUUGGGAUCAUUCCACUGACUUGUCCAGUGUGGUUGGGUGGUUCACAACAGUCUAUCCUGUCUUUGCCGGCUCCAAUGCGUCGUCUAGCCUUAUCGACACUAUCAAGAUGGUGAAGGAUGGGAGACGCAAAGUUCCCGACAGCGGAAGACCAUAUUUUGCGAGCCGUUGGUUGACGCAGGCGGGUGAGGAGGCUUUCUCGCGACAUUGGCCAUUGGAGAUCACGUUCAACUACCUAGGUCAGUAUCAGCAGCUUGAGCGUGAGGGUGCUCUCUUUACUCCAGUUGGCGAUAUUGCUGGAGAGGUCAGAAGUGCUACCGAUGGCGCCGAUGUCGGUCCAUUGACGACGUGUAUUUCCCUGUUUGAAGUGUCUGCAGUUAUCAUCAAGGGCACUCUACGAUUCUCAUUCUUGUUCAACCAGAACAUGAAGCAUCAGCCCGAGAUUCGCCAGUGGAUCGCUUCGUGCCAGCAGACACUUGGCCGUCUGAUUGAAUCGCUAUCUGUCAUGGCCCCAGAGCCAACACUAAGCGACUUCCCGCUUCUGUCUCUGACCUACGACCGUCUUCAUCUGCUCACGCAUGAGAAGUUACCCGAGGCCGGCAUUGAGGAUACCAGUCGAGUCGAGGACGCAUAUCCUUGCUCCCCGAUGCAGUCAGGUCUCUUAGUCAGCACGACAAGGGACGGCGCUACCUACGCUGCGUACACCCUGCACGAAGUCAAGACUAGGAGUGGUCUGCCGGUGGAUGUGGCGAAGCUUGCCAGUGCUUGGAGGCGCAUGAUUGAGUACCAUCCCAUGCUGCGAACUAUGUUUGUCGAGAGCGUGACUCUUGAGGAUUCUCUCUACGAUCAAGUGGUUUUGAGAGAGGUUCAAGCUCCCCUCGUUAUGUCCGAGAUGGAGACAGACGAGGAGGUAGUCCGCAGUCUCGAUGUGCCACGACACCACGAGGAUUACUCUCCACUGUUACACAUAUUCGAGAUUUGCAAGUCCAAGACAGGCAAGGUCUUUUGCAAGCUUGAUAUUAGCCACGUUAUCAUGGACGGUACCUCUCUCUCCAUCCUAUUCCGCGACCUCUCCCUCGCGUAUGCCGGCAUACUGGGGCCAGGCCAAGGUCCUCCGUACAGAGACUACAUCAAGCAUCUCCAGUACCAGGUGUCUGAGCCAAGCAUAGAGUAUUGGAAGUCGUACUUGAUGGGUGUAGAGCCGUGUCACUUCCCUGUUCUUGAUGACGGCGAGGUUGUCGAGGAGAAACAGCUGAGGCACUUCAGAGUCAAGUUCGACGAGUUGGCUCAGCUCCAGGACUUGUGUGACAGGCGCGGAGUCACCAUUGUGAACGCCAUCUACGCCGCCUGGGCGCUGGUGCUGCGUCUUUACACUGCCUCAGAUGAUAUCUGUUUCGGCCAUCUUACCUCUGCGCGCGACUUGCCGAUCGAAGGCAUUCGCGACGUCAUCGGACCUGUUAUCAACAUGGUAACCUGCCGUGCGAACAUCAGUGCUUCGACGACUCUAAGCGAUGUGAUGGCUCUCGUGCAAAAGGACUUCCUCGACAGCCUCGACUAUCGCCAUAUCCCCCUUGCCCAAAUCCAGCACGCCCUGCAGCUUUCCGACACUGCUCUGUUCAACACAGUGCUGUCGUACAGAAAACUGCCACCCUCUCCGAAAAAUCCUCCAGACAUUGUUUUUGAGGAGGUUCGCCCCACGUAUGACCCUGAUGAGUACAACGUGUCCGUCAACAUCGAGGCUGGUGAGGAUGAUAUGACUGUUGAUUUGAUGUACUGGUCGGAUACCAUGUCAGACGGCCAAGCUACCAAUGUUGCCAACGCUUUCACUACGGCGCUUAGCAAUAUUUUGCACCACGCCGACCAGCCUGUUGCCCAGCUCGACCAUCUAGGUCCUCAUCACCGCCAGCAGAUCUCACAGUGGAACCAAAACAUGCCCGAGGCUGUUGAGAGAUGUGUGCACGACCUGUUCCAACAAGAGGUCAUGCUACGCCCUGGUGCCCCCGCCAUUGCCUCGUGGGAUAUGGACUUUACCUAUAACGAACUCGAUGAGGGAUCCACCAAGCUCGCUCAUCACAUCGCUGCCCUAGGUGUUGGCCUCGAGACCUUUGUGCUUGUCUGCUUUGACAAGUCAGCCUUUGCCAUCGUGGCUAUGUUGGCUAUCCUAAAGGCUGGUGGUGUGUGUGUUCCUCUAGAUCCAGCUCAUCCUGACGCUGCCAUCAGACUUCGUGCCGAGGACACAGGUGCUCCUAUCGCGCUUGUUGCACCCAAGAUGGCCUCUCGCUUCAGCACUCUAGUCGAUACAACCGUUGUAGUGGACAACUCUCUCCUCCAGAAAAUCUCACAGGACGGGACUCUUCCCCAGGUCAAGCCGCACAACGCAUGCUUCGUCAUCUAUACCUCCGGAAGCACUGGCCGUCCCAAGGGUGUGGUACUGGAGCAUAGAGGACUUGCCACCAACGCCAUGUGCUCCGGCCCCAAGCUUGGCUACAGCGAGAGUUCCCGAGUACUUCAAUUCGCCUCUUACACUUUCGACAACAGUCUCGCCGAGAUAUUCAGCACAUUUUCCCUCGGAGGCUGUGUCUGCGUGCCAUCAGAGCACGAGAGAUUCCAUGAUCUGGCCGGGGCUAUCAACCGUUACCGUGCCACAAUGGUUGACAUCACUCCAACUGUCGCCUGCCUACUCAACCCAGCGGAUGUACCGACGCUGAAGACUCUUGCUUUGGGUGGCGAGGCUGUUACUCACAAGUGUGUUGGUAUCUGGCGCAAGUUUGUGUCUCUGCAAUGUUGCUACGGACCGUCUGAGUGCUCCGUCAACUCAACCUAUUCGGGUGAGAUUGCUCAACCGGGCAAGGCUGCCAACAUUGGCCGUGCUGUCGGUAGUGUCACUUGGGUGGUAGAAGCUGCUGAUUAUAGUCGCUUGGUUCCCAUCGGUUGUGUGGGAGAGCUUCUCAUCGAUGGUCCCAUUGUCUCUCGUGGUUACCUCAACUUGCCUGAGAAGAUGGCCGAGUCUUUUGUCGCGCCACCCGCCUUCUUAGAAGAUAUGUCCCUGACCGCUGAUGCUGGUCGCAAACUCUACAAGACUGGCGACCUGGUACGCUACAACUUUGACGGUACACUCACAUAUCUUGGACGCAAAGACACGCAGGUCAAGAUCCAUGGUCAACGCAUUGAACUUGAGGAGAUUGAGCAUCACAUCGAGACGAGCCUGCCCCAAGGCUGGGAUUCUGCUGUCGAGCUUAUCGUGCUGGAGGGCAGAAAGGCACUGGCCUGUUUCAUUUGCACCGACGAGAAUGUCUCCCGCCAGGACGGAAGCGAAGAGAGUACUAUACUUCCCAUGGACGAUCCAUUCAGGAUGCGAACCAAGGAUCUUGAGAUGGCGCUCUUGAAUGCUAUUCCUGCUUACAUGAUUCCAUCCGUCUGGUUUCCCGUGUCCAAGAUGCCCAUGACCUCGUCAGGGAAGCUCAACCGUCGCGCUCUCCGGUCGCUAGCACAGGCUGUCCCGACAGCGCUCGUUACCUCUUACAAGCUGGCUUUGAAGAGCGGUAGAGCUCCGUCUAGCGACAUGGAGAAGCAGUUGGCUGGCAUGUGGGCCAAGGUGUUGAACAUUGAUGCCAACAGUAUCGGAGUCGAGGAUCACUUCUUCAGACUUGGCGGUGACUCUAUCGCUGCGAUGCAGUUGGUGACGCUGGCGAGGAAGUCCAACAUCAACCUCACUAUCACUCGAAUCUUCCACAAGGUGUCCCUGCUGGAUAUGGCCCAGUCAGCAGUGCCCUUGUCUCGAGCUGCGGUCACCACUGUGCAGCCAUUCUCACUACUAUCCAAGGUGGCUUCACUGGAUGCAUUGCAACGCCAGGUUGCAGCCGCUACUCAGGUUGAUUUCGCGGCCAUUGAGGAUAUUUAUCCUUGCACUGCCAUCCAAGAGGGUCUCAUGGCGCUGUCAGCUGGGAGCCCCGGUGCCUACAUCGCCCAGUUCGUCUUGCGUAUUUCCGAUGGUACGGACAUGGAGAGCUUCAAGAUGGCUUGGCAGCUAGUGAUACAGGCUGAGCCAACACUACGGACAAGACUUGUCCAGACAAACUACGAUGGUGUUGUGAACGUGGUUGUGGCUGACGAUGCUCCCCAAUGGUCCACCAUUGGGAGCCUUUCCGAUGCGGAAAUGUCCCGGCGUCAGAUUCCUCUUCACAACGGUGCAAGGCUGGCCGACUACAGUCUCGUUGAGGAUCGUUCCCAAGUCUUGUUCGUCUGGACUAUUCACCAUGCCCUGUACGACGGUUGGUGUCUUCCUCUCAUCCUCGAAAAGGUCAAGCAAUGCUAUCAGAACCUGUUGGAAAAUCCGGGGAUCCCCCUUCCUUUCAGGGUUUAG